AUGACCAAAAGCUUGCUUUUUUCCUUCCUCCUCCGGCAGCUACUAGUUAUAGCCGCCGGACAAUGUUGCCUGAAUCUGACCCACGCAUCUGGCGGCCGGUGGAAACUUCUGAAUCCCAACAUUGGCAUAUCAGCCAUGCACAUGCAGCUCCUCCACAACGACCGAGUUGUCAUCUUCGACCGAACCGAUUUCGGCCGCUCCAACAUCUCACUCCCAAACCGCAAAUGCCACCUUGCUUCCACCAAUGACUGCACGGCUCACUCAGUCCAAUACGACGUCACAUCCAACACUAUACGUCCUCUCACGGUCCUCACCGACGUCUGGUGCUCCUCAGGUGCUGUCAUGCCUGACGGCCGUCUGAUCCAAACCGGCGGGUUCAAUGAUGGAGAACAUGUGGUCCGAAUUUAUCGGCCAUGCAUGGACUGUGAUUGGGAGGAAGUCAGCUCCGGGUUAACUCAUAGAAGAUGGUAUGUCACCAAUCACAUAUUGCCGGACGGCCGGCAAAUCAUUGUCGGUGGCCGGAACCAGUUCAACUACGAAUUUUACCCAAAAACUGCUUCGUCCAAAAAAUCUUAUAAUUUACCCUUUUUAGCUCAGACCAAUGAGCCAGAGAUAGAGAACAAUCUAUACCCAUUCGUUUUUCUCAAUGUUGAUGGAAAUUUGUUUAUUUUUGCUAAUAAUCGAGCUAUACUAUUCGAGUACGUGAACCGUGUCGUCGUUAGGACGUACCCGGAGAUUCCCGGAGGCAAUCCUCGGAAUUAUCCGAGCACUAGGUCUUCCGUUCUCCUUCCAUUGAAGGACUUGCAGCGACCUGAAAAUAUUGAAGCUGAAGUUUUGGUUUGUGGUGGUGCACCGAAAGGAUCGUACACCAGCGUGCAAAGUGGUAAGUUUGUCGGUGCUUUGAAAACGUGUGGGCGAAUCAAAAUAACCGACCCGGAUCCGCAGUGGGUUGUGGAGAGAAUGCCUCUGGCUCGGGUUAUGGGUGACAUGCUUUUACUACCAAACGGCAACGUACUGAUCAUUAACGGUGCGGCUGCCGGGACUGCCGGAUGGGAAAAGGCUCGGCACCCGGUUCUCAAACCCAUAAUUUACCGACCUGAUAGCCCAAUUGAGUCUCGGUUCGAGGUACAAAAUCCCACCACCAUACCUCGUUUGUACCACUCCACGGCAAUUAUGUUGCGUGACGGUAGGGUUCUUGUUGGUGGUAGCAAUCCUAAUGUGUUCUAUAAUUUUACCGGAAUACUUUUUCCGACGGAAUUAAGUUUGGAAGCAUUUUCACCGUCAUAUUUGGAUUCAGGGUCAAGAGGUUUGCGCCCUAGAAUUGUUUCACCUAUUUCUCAAGCUAAGCUUAGGUAUGGGCAGAAGGUAACAGUUCGAUUCAAGGUAAUGGGUGUGCUAAAUGAGAAUUUGAUCUCUGUUACAAUGUUGGUACCACCAUUUAACACACACUCAUUUUCAAUGAAUCAAAGAUUGUUAGUGCUUGGUGGGAACAAGCUGAGAAAAGUAAGGAAAUUUACUUAUGAAGUGAGAGUGAGGACACCGAAUUCGCGUAAUCUUGCACCAUCUGGAUAUUAUCUUCUAUUCGUGGUUCUCCAAGAAAUUCCCAGUAAAGGUGUAUGGAUUCAUAUACAGUAA